GAUUAAUAAUGUUAUUAUAUAUGACUAAGCCGCCAAGCAUGUAUGUGAUAGGCCAGAAGUGUGAAGAGCUCCAACUUGGUCUGAUAUCAACGACAGUGUUGGAACCGUGAGCGGCUUCACAGUAGACCCAAUGCUGCCAUCAUGAAACACUCCGGCAAUCUCUUCGUUGCUUUGGGCGUAACCAUAUGUUCUGCCAUUGGUGUGGUGGGAAGUGAUGCCUCCGCACGCCCUCGAGGAGUAGGUCCUGAGUUUGCCAAAUACUACAAGGACACUUCCACAUUCGCCUGCAUUUCCAACCCCUCUGUUCAAAUCCCCUUCUCCACAGUGAACGAUGAUUACUGCGACUGUCCUGAUGGCAGUGACGAACCGGGCACCUCAGCAUGCGCCUAUAUAUCAAAUUUCUCUCCAUCUGGCCUUAGAGACGAUGGGGCCAAUCGUGCCCCAGCUCUCCCCGGUUUCUACUGCAUAAAUAAAGGCCACAGACCAUCAUUCAUAUCAUUCCAGCGAGUCAAUGAUGGCGUUUGCGACUAUGACGUCUGCUGCGACGGUAGCGAUGAAUGGGCCCGGGUUGGUGGUGUAAAAUGCGAAAACAGGUGCAAGGAGAUUGGAAAGGAAUGGCGAAAGAAUGAAGAAAAGAGACAAAAAUCUCUGACUGCUGCAGUGAGGAAGAGGGGAGAGCUUGUUAAAGCUGCAGCUAGAUUACGAAAGGAGGUAGAAGAUCGCAUCUCAGAUCUUGAGGUGGAAAUUAAAGCUUCAGAGAUGAAGGUGCAGAACCUCAAAGACGCGCUCGAAGCAGUCCGGGCCAAGGAAAGGGGUAAAGUGGUGAAGGGGCAAAAGAAGGGCAAAGUUAACGUUCUUGCUGGACUGGCCAAGGAGAGGGUUGAAGAGUUGCGAGGAGCAUUGGUGGAGGUUCUCCGUGAAAGGGAUGAGAAUUUGGCGCGAGUUAACCAACUUGAGGCUAUCCUAUCAAAAUUCAAGGAAGAAUACAAUCCCAACUUUAACGAUGAAGGAGUAAAGCGUGCUGUCCGCGCCUGGGAGGAUUACGCUGCGCGUGACGACAAAGGUAGCCACGGUGACGAAACUCUUAAUCGAGACUUGGAUGAAAUAUGCAAGCCGGACAGUGAAAAUUCAGGUAUCAACUGGGAUCAUUGGGAAAAUGAACAAGAUGGGGAGUCUAAAAUUAGUCUUCUCUACAAAGUCGCCGCCUAUUUUCCCGAUUCAUUGGUUAACUACUUGGAAGACAAAGCUCUCCAACUCCGGUCGAUUUUGGUAUCGAAUGGCAUCGUUGCCGAUACCAGUAGCGACUCAGAUGCCACAGAGCCCAGAGCCGUGACAGAAGCCCGGAAUGCGGUUUCCGCUGAAGAAUCAUCCUUGAAUAAUAUUCGCUCUCAGCUAGACGACCACAAAUUAGACCUGGACAAGGAUUAUGGACGGGAUUCCGUAUUUCGCUCGAUGAAAGGCUCAUGCAUAUCUAAAGACUCGGGUGAAUAUACAUAUGAACUCUGUUGGCUGGAGAAAACCAAGCAGAUACCCAAAAAAGGUGGAUCCUACACGACUAUGGGCACGUUUUCUGCGUUUACAACCGUGACUGUCGACGAGCAGAACGCAGCUGGCAAAGUCGUUCCUCAGGAAAAGAUAGCUCUGGAAUACACCAAUGGACAAACAUGCUGGAACGGCCCUGCGCGUUCAACAAAGAUUGUUUUGGAGUGUGGAGAGCAGGAUGAGAUCUUGAAAGUCACGGAAGACGAAAAAUGUGUGUACAGUAUGUUUGUGACCACCCCAGCGGCCUGUGAAGGACCUUCCAGGAACGGAAAUAACGUCCGUGAUGGUCGCAAAGAUGAGCUUUGAAGGAUUGAGCGUACAGCAGAAUGGUUUGAUAGUGCUUGGUUAGUUACACUGGAUUGUUACAAACUUUACAGGAUUCCAUUCUUCUCUUUUCUUCCUUUUCUUUGCUUCUCCUUUCUGUUUCUUGCCAUGUUGAACACAAUUUCAAACAUAGAAUAUAUCGUCUUAUGAUUACCCCUUUUCUCCAUCAUCUGUUUUUGGGUCAUUUUAUCCUGAAUUUUUCCAUUCCUCGCCUCAGAUAUAUUGUACUCCCAUUUGGGAAUAUUCCGCUACUUUUGACUUCCUGUGCGUGUUUUGCCUUUCUUCUCGGGCUACCUAUGUGUUCAGUUUGAUAUACUGUACAUCACAGUAUUGCUAUGGAAAAAUGUACGACUUACAACAACACGCUAGGGGCAAAAACACUACCGAUUCCACCAUCCCACAUGAAAAUAAGGGGGAAAAAAAGCAUCUUCCCACUCAAAGCCUCUUCCGUAACUAACUUACUCGAAAUGUUCAAUCUGAUUGAGACCUCAUCAUGCCAAUAGACCUUGUCAGCAGAAUUCACCUAUAUUAGCGAACUUAUCAUUUAAUAUGCAGGACCAACGACAAGGAUAAAGUGAGAAAACGAAGCGAACAAUGUAUGGAAUCAACUGAUCAACCGUCCUGGCGUCUCGCUUUUCAACAUUCUGUUUCUCUUUGCAGAAUCCUGCCUCGGACAAGGGUCUGUCUCUCGCCAAGUACCGUAUAUGCUAAUGUCGAAGUUAAAACCUUUUGGUAUAUUUUUUGUCUCCCAUUCUGAUUUUUCUCUCUAUUCUUUUACGUGUUUGAAGCCUUUUUCUUUUUCUUUCUUUUGUCCCCCUUAUCACCCACCUUCCUGACGCCCUAUCCGCCCAAAUGCGGUCUCCUCAGACCCAAAACAUGAUCCUUGAACUUUCUACAGCUGUGAAACUGUUGGGGUUUAGCAGAAGGAAAAGAAGUGAUUUUUUCCUCGCACUUGCGGAUUGAAAAUGUCAUGGUUUUGAUACUCCCAAGGAAGGGAUAGGUGGCGGGUACUCUCAUCCCCAUGCAUGCCUUGCUCGUAUUUACAUGCCUUGUCAGUCUAACGCCCGUUGUGUGGCCCUGAUUCUAUUCUAAACUCGAUCUUUUGCGCUCAUGUUACCCCACACUCCCCCCCUCCGGGCCCUACCCCUGCCCUCCUACCUACUCCAAUCCCAACCCAAGCACGUCGCUAUAUCGACGAUUCAAGGCUCAACAAUAACACCAAUAAAGUAGAGUUACUGGCAUUCACUAGAUAACGUAAUAAUUUGACUCAGAACGAGGACGAGGGUGCGCAUCAUAUACACCACUAUCGUAGCGACGUCGGGGCUAGGGUAUAUUUUGUUUUCUUUAUAUUGCCCCUCCCCCCACGCUCCAACCCACUAGUAGGUCCUAGGCCUUUGGUCUUAAGCAGGGGGAGAUUAGUGAUAACAGAAAUCACCACUGCUUAGAUUUGGAAGUCCCCGGUUAUUAGAUGGUUAGAUUCGACUUUGAGCAAGGUUCGGUGUGGAUAUUAUUGGUUCCUAUUCUUUGGUGAUGGUUGGGGGUAGCUGAAGAAGAGCAAAAGAGUGGUGCUCCCACGAAACUCUCGUGCAUGACCCGCUGUAUCAUGAGCUCUGACAAGAUCUACAUAUCUAUUUAUCCAGCGCCGGAAGGGCAGGGAAUGUGACGUGGAAAAUAACCGAGAUGCUCAAAGAAGGUUGCGUGCUUGAGCCGACCUUUCAGCCCUUGUUGUAUUCUAAUUUAGGCUGAUUUGCGGGGGAAGAAAAGUACCCCGAUAAUGUAUAAUGGAUGAAGAUUAAAGGUUGUUUCAGAGUAUGUAACUAAUAGUU